UGUACUAAAUAUGAUAAUCAAAAAAUCAGGCUUUCAGGUUAUCGAAAAAGGGGCAAGGUGGAAAUGAAACUCUUGGGUACAAGACCUUCAACAUUCAAGGCAAACUGGACUUAGACGCAAUGUCGGCUAAUCUUGGAAUCUGGAGUACACCUCCAAACAAUGAUUCAACCAGAUUUAACCUAUGGCCUUGACUGCGGAUUCGGAAAAAUAUUUCGAAUCGGGUGUCGCCAUUUGCUUGUUGAACUGCAAAUCGCCCACUUCGCCUUCAUCGCUAUUUGUCAUGAAUCCAACCAUGCUGUAUUCAAGUAAUUGAAGUGAUUUAUCAUUUUGAAAAAGUGCUGAAAAAUCAGCAGCAGUAAUACGCGCCGUCGCGUUGUCACGGCUGUAAUGGCGAGUUUGGUAGCAAUCUCAUUACACCGAUAAAGCGCUGUCCGUCCACCAUCUGUCAAGUGCGAUCGACGAGGUUGUCCUUCAUUUACGAUAGUAAAAAGAUAAACCAUAUUUUGCCAGAAUUCAACCAAGUCACAAUAUCAAAUCAAGAAUGUCACCAGUCUACCCAACUCUACCCCGACUAACAGUCAGGGAUAGUUUUGACGACGAAGAUCUGAGUGAUGUUGACGACGAAGUUUUUAUCAGAGAUGGUAGAAACGGUGGUUUAAAAAUAGACGACGAAGGAGGUGUUAAGAGACCCCUUAUGGCUCCACGUAGAAAAUGCAAAAUGUCAAGAUCCGCGGCUAAGAGAAGGCUGACUUGUAAAGCACUCCUAGCUCCGUGCUGCUACGGAAGUAUAGCUCUCCUUGUUCUCCUGGGUUUGAUAGUCCUUGUGAUAUUCGCAGUCAACGUAUUUCCCAUACCAUUGACUUUUUUUAAAAACUGGCUCACGCAAAACAUCGAGGAACAAAUACCUAAAAUGGAAAUUGCCGCUUGUACCUCUCUCACUGUCACUACGGUAUGGACCAGAUCUUUACCUAAACUAACUUCUGAAGCACCCCUGAGGAGUGUAGACGUUAACGGUGAUAAAAUUGACGACAUCAUUAUUGGAUUCAGCACAGGACUCGAUGACGUUGAAACGCCUCAGUACGUAUGUAAUGUGUACUUCGGAGGUCAAACCCCAUGUCUUGGUGGAGUAUUAGCUCUCGAUGGCUCCACGGGAGAAACAAUUUGGACACACUGGACUUGGCACGUUAUUUUUUCUCUGGAUUGUGUCUUUGACCUCAACGCUGAUGAGAUAAAAGAUUGCAUAGCAGGUGGCAGGGGGGGAACAAUGCGGGCGGUGAAUGGCAAAGAUGGCUCCACGAUAUGGAGUUUACCUUUACAAGAUCCUGAAAAGCCAGGACGAGAAAGAAUUCUUGAUGUCUAUGACGCAAACUUUAUAUCAGAUGUGGAUGGGGAUGAGAUCGGGGACAUAGUGGCUGCGCACACAAUGCAAAUUGGAAAUAGAAGAACCAGUGAGAUUGUCGUAAUAUCCGGAAAAACUGGGAACGUUGCACGCAGAAUACCCAUGAGUAACGAUGAGCAGCUGUACCUCGCUCCGCAAACUCUGGUGCAUCCGGACGGUGAGAAAAUAUUCAUAGUAUCUACAGGUAGCCAUGAACAGUUGGGAGGAUUAUAUGUUAUCCCAUAUCACGAUCUUCUGUACGGACAACUGAAACUUCGAGAGCUGUAUCGCGAUAUGAAUAAGGGUAUUCUCUCGCAGCCAGUGCUAGCUGAUAUAACGGAAGAUGGUACAGAAGAUAUCAUUGCAGCAAUCUUCAACUCUGUUGUAGUCGCUUACGACGGUCGUUCUUUCAAACGACUUUGGAAAUAUAGUGUACCAAAAUCUGAAAUAAUAAGUAGUCCUAUACCCGGAUAUUACAACGACGACGAUAUUCCAGACUUUAUGGUGAAACAUCAAGUAGGCCCCGGAUUCCCUGUGUAUUAUUAUUCAGUUGCUACGAUUCUGGACGGAAAAACUGGGAAACCAUUGCUGGAGCAUGAACUACAGGACAGCAUGAGCCGACAAAUGUCAGGAUUAUCCGUUACAGUCGAUGGCUAUGGAAAUGACUGGUUUUUGCAUUGGUCUGCAGAUUGUUUGGGGCACGAAGGUGACAGAAGCUCGUAUCAAUUUUUGAAAUCAACAUCUCUGUCUUCACAAAUGGGCGCAGAUCUCUGUAAGUUACGUUUUAAUUCAACUCUAUCUACAAAAUUGUUGGCUCUAAGUCAGCAUGUAGCUCCGCCUGGUCUGCCGUUGUAUACCUCCAAAGAAUGGAAAAAAUUGGAGUACAAUAGUUCAAUAGAUCCUAGAAAGGAGGCGGAGGAGUAUUCGGAAUCUCGUCCCGAAUAUGAUGGGCUUAAUCAAGAGGCUGGUAUCUCAUCGAUCACCGAACGCUCGCUAAGAGUGCAUUCCGGUAGACGUGGUAGACCGGGCAGUCCUCAGGAUAACCGAAGCGAUAUUUUCUCCGAACAAACCGAUUACUUACCGAAUUCUAAGUCUGGGGACAGCUUCAGAGAUCGCAAUGACAAUAUUAAUAAUCCCGAAACUAAUGUGUUGGAUGAUUUUGGCUCGGACGAAGAUUGGAGAGACACCGAUAAAUGGGUUGACGAGAAUAAGGAUUACAAUAUCCUGUAUGAUGAGGGAGAAAACCGUGACGCUAAUGUCCAAAAGUUCAGCGGAAUCAGAGAACAACGAAGUGGUUAUGUCGAUAUUAAAAUAGUUAACAACGAUACGAACGAUGUUAAAAAUCAAUUGGAUCCUAGCAUGGAUUACACCAAUGGACAAACUGACAAUUAUAAUUACGUCUCUUCGGUGCCAAGUAACCGAGCAAUGACCGUAAAUGAAAAAGAAUUGGACCAUCAGGAGGACUCAGAUUUUGAUUUUGAUGAGAAUUUGAACACUGAACGUGUCAAAGAGAAGAGAAGUACCGCAGAAUCUGGAGACACAGAGGAGCAAAAAGAAAUUAUUAUCGGAGCCCGACAAAACCCUGGGCAGUAUCGAUCAUUUUUUCAAGUUAACACGAGACCGAAAAGGCAAUCGCUACCAAAUAUCCAGAGAAAUCAAUUUCAAUCCAAUGAAAGUGCGGAUAAUGUUGUCGAGACGGAGUUACAUUUGGAAGAAAUAAUCACAUCUAAACAAUCAGAUUUGAAUGAGUCAUUUGCGGAAGUGAAUUACGCGAGGAAUUCUAGCGAGCAUUCAGAAUUACGGGUGGACGUCGGUAAGGCACAAAAGGAUGCUAAUGAAACUGAAGUCGAUUAUCAGGGCAGUGUCACGAAGGACAUAGAAGCUGAGAACACCUGGUUGACUGGGAAUAUAUUUGCGAAACUUACACAGAGUAACGACGAGGACGCAAAUAUUGAGAAGAUAUUUAAACGGGAAUCGAUGAAGAAUCGAAAUUAUCUGAGGAGCAGUAAAUUAAAGAUGCAGAAAAAUGACGAUGACAAUCUGAAAAGUAGAUUCAAGAGAGACGCAGCAAAUGCUCAGUCUCAGAGCGAAAAUAUCGAUGGCGUGCAGCGGCAGUCCCCCACGGGGAUAUUAUUACCUUCGUUGAGUUCAAUGGGCAAAACUUCAAAUGCAAUUGAUCUAGUUUUUUCUACGUCUUGGUUGCCUCCGUCAGAUGCUUCUGUGAUUCUUCUACAACAGGACUUGGAGUGUAUUCACAGAAAAAAAAAAGAAUUGGCGAAUGCUAGACCUCGAGAGAAAAAAAAUGAACUGCAACGGGAACAACUUGUAUUGGACUGCCUCGGCGAGCGAGGAGUCGAUUAUAAAAUACUCCAAGAAAGUACAGAUAGAGAAAACAUAAGAAUACCCCUUGGUCAAAUGACAGUUUACAGAAUGAAAUUGGAAUGCGUUUGUCCUGAGGAUAUGCUUCAAGGUCAAGUUUGUAGAAGCAUAUCUUCGCAGCAAUGCUGGCCAGCGCAGUUAGGCCCAUUAGCGAAUGGGUAUUUUAAACCACUACAAAAACCAGCGACUUGAAAUCGAAUUUAUUUGUACAGAUGAAAAUCAGGUAAGAAAUUGUGCGAAACUAUUCGUUGAAUGUUUGUCAUCUAAUUCUUCUGUUUGUUCAGAACUCAAAAUUUUUAUGAAAUCAUUGAUUAUUAAUUAUACAUGUAACAAACGUGUAAAAUAAUUUGGCGUACAUAAUGAGUGGGAUUAUCAUAUUGAAAUUGUAAAGAAUUUUACCCCACCUUACCUUGAUGAAUUCUUUCUCCAACAUAUUAUCAAAAAUUAUAAAAAACAUGUGAAAUAGAUUUGAACUGGAGAAAAA